GUCUCAUUGUUGCGUUAGCUUCGUCCGCUUCUAGUCGCUGUCUGGGUUAGGUCAGGCUGCAGACGUCCGCGCGCAGUUCUGCAGCUGCGGCGAGAAGACGACAUGAUGUUGAAACGCGUGCUUGUAGUUCCGGCAUUCUUCCUUUUAAUCCAUUUCUGUGCGGCUGAAGAGGUACGCUCCAGGACGUGCCCACCCAUUUCGGAGGAGUACAGCGUGACGCGCAACUGCACCGUGGAUCGCGUGCACAUCGAGCCGUGUCCCCAGGCGGCCAGCAACCAGCCCUGCCAGAUCCACCGGCGCCAUCAGGCCACCAUCUCCUUCCACUACACGCCAGGAAAGUCGCCAGUGUCGCUGCAGAGCCAGGCGUACUGGGCCAGCGGCAUGGACCUGCCGUUCGCCGGCAUGGACACCAACGCCUGCUCCUACACGAGCUGCGACGGCGCGGCGGGCCAGGAGCACACCUACAGCUACAGCCUGACGAUCCCCAACAAGGCUCGCCCGAGGCAGUACGAUGUGAAGUGGAAACUGUGGAAUGAUGAGAUGGAGUGUUGCUUUAUUGUCACCUUCGUUGUCCCUUCAAAGAGGAACUGAACUGAACAAUAACACAAGUAAAAAAAAAAAUGUAAAUGGACUGGUUGUCUUUCUGCUAGUUUUAUUAAAUAUAGUGCAAAUGUAAUGCUAACA